AUGAGAGUGCCAGCGCCUGAAACACCAGAACAUCAACAAUUUCAAAUGGCAGCACAACAGCUUCAAGCCGUGCGUGUGGAUGCUGCACCCUCAAUCUCUAAUCCUCCACUACUUAAAGACGGUGCUGCUCAAGCUUCUCACAUGCUCCGAAUUCCAGAAAGGACCGCUCAGCGAUAUGGUGCACGAUUUCGAGAUGAAGAAGCCUAUUUGCAAAGUCAAUUUAAAAAACCUGAACGCCUACAUCCUAUAUUAACGAAUGAACUCUCAUUGUUCUUACAAGAUCCAUACGACAAGAAGUCUUCAGCGACACUUGAGCCGGCUUAA